AUGCUUUCACGGGAGGGUGACAGCGUUACACGGGAGGGUGACAGCGUUACUCAGGAGGGUGACAGUGUUACACGGGAUGGUGACAGUGUUACACGGGAUGGUGACAGUGAUACACGGGAUGGUGACAGUGAUACACGGGAGGGUGACAGUGUUACACGGGAGGGUGACAGUGUUACACGGGAGGGUGACAGUGUUACACGGGAGGGUGACAGUAUUACACGGGAGGGUGACAGCGUUACACGGGAGGGUGACAGCGUUACACGAGAGGGUGACAGCGUUACACAGGAGGGUGACAACGUUACACAGGAGGAUGACAACUGCAUUCAUAUAUUAAUUUAUUACGGAGCUAAAGUUUAA